AUGUAUUCGACCGAGUAUGAAUUUCCAUUCCUCCAGGAGGUAUAUACCCCUCGAGAAGCGCAUAAGAUUGACUUCGUCUUCGUCCAUGGCCUGAAUCCGUCAGGUCGAAAUGACCAUCCUUUCAGAACCUGGACCCAUGAGAAUGGGAACUUCUGGCCAAAGGAUUUCCUGGCGCAGGAUAUCCCGUAUUCAAGAGUAUUCGUUUAUGGGUACAAUUCGAACAUCACUAACCCGCAGACUAUGUCAACUGCAAGCAUCAAAGACCAUGCAAAUACUUUGUUAAACUUAUUGGACAUGGAGCGCAGUCCACAGUUUCAAUCUAUGCCGCCCAAAAUCAUCUUCAUCGGACACAGUCUCGGGGGAUUAGUGAUCAAGCAGGCUCUUCUCAAUGCAAAGGAAGAUCCGAAGUACGGCUCCAUCCGCACAUCAACCUCUGGCCUAGUUUUCUUUGGAACCCCUCAUCGAGGAGCGAAAGCUGUCGAGCUCGGUAAAAUUGCUGCUCGGGUUGCUCGGUUCGUCUCCAAGGGACAUGCCAGCAAUGACCUACUAGACUGCUUAGAGCACAACUCGCUCUUUACCCGACAGAUGUCAGAUCGUUUCCGUCAUCAGCUGGAAGAUUAUCGUGUCGUCAGUUUUAUCGAAGGAAAAGAAGUCUUUUUAGGCGGUGCUGGUCCUGCGUCAAUUAGUCAUCUGGUGGUAGAUGAGGAAUCCGCUGUUCUCGGCCUUUCGGGCCUUCGCGAGACACAGCUAAAGCUCGAUGCCGAUCAUUCACAAAUGUGCAAAGUGAGCACUCGGGGCCCGAUGUACCGUCUCAUCAAGGGAAACAUCAAACAGCUAGUCGACCAGGCCCUUUUAUCCGAGCAGGGCUUCAUCCCACAGCCAUCCCCGCAACCAUCGAUGGGGUUUAAUCCGCCACCACUUCCUCCUCGCAUGCACUCGAACAGCAGCGCACCAUACUCUCCUCCGGGACGAGGAGUCCAGGCAGCUCAAAGGAUAGUUGGGUCGAUGUUUACUCCGCUAGAUAAUGACCCGCGAUCGCUCCGAGCGGCAGAGCUGAAAAAUCUUGCGAAUUGGGAUGAAGCCCGAAAUGUCGAGUACCAGAUCUUCCAGGAGCAUUUACGAACGCUGGGUGCCGAUCACGCCAGUACUCUUGUGGUGGGAUAUAACUUGGCCGAGAUUGAGCUCGAGUCGAGUUAUCUAGAAAAGGCCAGUGAGUGGUGCCAAUGGGUCACUGAUAACUCUCGUCGUGUCUUUGGAAACAGUCACACGCUUCCCAUGCGUUCGGAGAGUCUCAUGGCCGAGAUUCUCGGCCAAAAGGGCAAAUACCAAGAGUCAGAGUCAAUCUGUGCCAACGUAUUGGCCCGCCAGCAAAUGCGCAUUGGUGACGACCAUUUCGAUACGCUGGAGACUCGACGCCGGCUCGGCAUGGCUUACAACUCCCUCAAUCGCCGCGAAAGUGCCAUCAUGACCGCUGAGAAGCUCACAGAUUCCCUGAAACGCCUGCUAGGCGAGAAUCACAUUCGUGUCUUCUGGGCUGCGCUAGAUACACUCGAAUACAUGAUCUAUAACCAUGGAGACGAAACUGCGGCUCUCGUGAAAAUUUUCGAGCCGGAAGUGCAACAAGCAUUCGACAUUCUUCCACAGGUGUACGAGGAGCUGCGGGCUGGUCUGGGCGACAAGAAUCCCGUUACAAUCCGAGCUCUGGCAUUACAUGGUCGAGCGUUGACGCGUGCCCAUCGAAUGCUGGAGGCCUCUGAAACACUCCGCCGUGCUCUCGCAAUAUCCGAAGAUGCGCUUGGUGUGGACCAUCCCCUCACCAUGGAUAUUGUUGGGAGUAUUGGUGUGAUGUAUACUCUUCAAGGAGCUUUGCGCUUUACCGGCGUUAACCCCCCUUCCGAGGCCAUCCCUUGGAUGGUACGGUACCUGAACUGGGUCGAGCAGCGAAGGGGCCUCGAUAACCCCGAAACGCAGACCUCCCUCGAGAUGCUCGGGAAUCUUCAUUUCGCUUCGCAGGAAUAUGAGCCUGCCCAGAAAUAUUUCGAACGUGCGUUGGCUGCAUGUCGCGGAACGCAAAACACAGCAAUGCAGGAACGUAUCUCGACUCAACUUCAAUUGUGCCGGGCUAACACCAUGUUGACCAAUCGCCGUGGCAUCGGGUCUGGGCUGGGAGGGUUUCUAUCGCAAUUGCAACGUUAUAAUCAGGGCAGUUAG